UGGACUCGCUUUGACCAGCCGGCGACGAGUACGAAAUUCCCUUUUUGUCACAUUCGUUUUGCGCAGUCUCUCCUCUAAGCGAGCCAAAGCAUCGGCAUUCCAUAUCCUCAAUAUUGAUGCUGUGACGUCUGAAUUACUGUGGCAUCACUCCUCAAUGGUUUCCUACAACCCCGCCUGCUACCUCCCUCAAUCGUGGUCAUCCCAACUCCCCAAUGCCAUCGCCUGCCCACCACCUCCGUCCUACUUCUCAACUGCUUACACCUACGCAACAUCACCUUUCUCCUCAACAUACAACACCCUGCGCACCAUGAUCGACGCGCUGCUCGGCCUGCCCAUGCUGAGCUUCCUCCUCAUCCCGACGUUUUCCUCGUACUCGACCUCUCUAAACCUGCUCUUCUUCUAUCUCACAUGGUCGACGCUGGUCCUCUCCCAUCCACCGUUGCGUGUGGAAAUCGUCGCGACCCUCGCCGUCAGAACUUUGUUCUACAUCCUCCCCUCGACGUUCUUCCUGCUCUUCGACGCCCUACUACCCUCCGCGGCCGAGAGCCUCAAAGCGCUCGGCGAUACGGCGCUCCCGUUCAAGAAUGCAAGCCGUGAGCGCACAAUGCGUACGCUGCGUGUACUCGGCUGGUCGGUCUUGAAUAUCCUCCUUGGCGUGACUAUUCAAGCCCUGGUCGAAGUCCUGUUCACACGCGUUCUGCUCAUCCGCUCCGCAUUGCGCGUGACCACGGCGCUGCCUUUACCAUUUGGCAUAUUGAAAGACCUUGCCCGAGGCUAUCUCCUUCGCGAGGUAGUGACAUACGUUUUGCACCGGUAUGCUCUGCACGAAUCGAAGAACAGCCUGUCCCGCGCGCAUAAUGAGUGGUAUCACUCUCUCUCGACGCCGUUUCCCUUAGCGGGAACUUACGAUCACCCGCUCGCAUACCUUGUCCGGAGUUUCCUGCCGACGUACCUACCCGCCGUACUCUUCCGCUUCCAUUUGAUUACCUAUGUUAUCUAUAUGGCGAUGGUGUCUCUUGAAGAGACGUUCGCGUAUAGUGGGUAUAGUACGGUCCCGACUAAUUUUAUUCUCGGUGGGAUGGCACGCCGGACGGAUACGCACAUGUUGUGCGGCGGAGAUGGGAAUUUCGGGCCUUGGGGCCUUGUGGAUUGGAUCAUGGGCACGAGUGUGGGAGCGGAUGUGCUUGAUGAUGUUGUGGCCGAGGCGGACAAGCACGAUGUCCCCGCAAGAAUAGAUAAGAUGAAGAGUAAGGCAGGGAAGAAGGUAAAUGGGAAGAUUGAGGAUGCGAAGAACGUAGGAGGACGCAGGCGGACCAGACGCAGGAGCAGCAGUUGAGGAGGUUGAACAAGAGUUGUGAUGCAGAGCCCUCCUGCUCCGAAGGGUCCGGUGUUGAGGUCUGUUGAGCGCAAUUUUUUGAGCAGUUGUGUGUUGACCCUGACAUGUUCCACGCUUUGGUGCGUCAGGGCAAAGUUUCUGACGGUAUAUAAUGAGUAUGAACGGCGGGCACGAUAGCGAAAGAUUGGAUACCCCAUUUUCUUUACUGGAGUAUAGCAGCUAUGGCGAAAAGCAAUGUUUCUGGUUAGGGUAUUAUUUUCAUCAAUGGAUCUUGGACCCUUCA